GUGCACACAUGUAUUUUCUAAACUAAAUUAAUCAUUUUACAAAAUUUAUAUUUUAUAGGCCCUUAAGUCAUUAGAAAAAUAUCCAUUACCAUUAAAAUCACCAUGGGAAGCAAAAUGUUAUCUUAAUUAUUUUGGUGAUAAAAUCUGCAAAAUGUUAGAAGAUAAGCUAAAGGAGCAUGGUGAAAAUAUACAGAAUAUGGGAGAAUCUCAAGUAGCCGAGACUUCUGAAAAAGAAUCAAUGUCAAAUAGUGGUACAAAACGUUGUUUGAGAAAGGAUGAAGACGAAAGUGAUAAUUCUCAUUUACCGAGUAAUCCUAAGCAAAAGAGAAUGUGUACUAAAAAAUACAUACCCGUACCUGGAUCGGGAAGCUAUGCCAUUCUUGUUACUCUUAUGAAAAAUAAGAUUGACACAAAUGAAUCUUUUAUGAAGAAGCAAGAUGUUAUUGAUUCUGCUCAGUUACUUUGCAAUUCAUCUUUUACUAGGCCAGAACCUGGUAGCCAUUACACUGCUUGGAGUGCAAUGGGAAAUCUGAUAAGGAAAGGUUUGGUAACGAAAUAUGGAAAUCCAGCAAAAUAUAGUCUUACUGAAGGAGGACGAAUACUUGCACUUUCUUUAAUGGAAUCUGAGAGUAGUACGGAGUGCCAAAAUAAUAAUACGGAGGAAAUGGUCAAAGACAGCUUGAGGGCAGUAAAUACUGAUAUUAGAAAAGAAACACAAGGCAAGAAAACUGAAACAUUGAGGUUGAAAUACAAAUUUAUCGAUAUUAAUGGUAAAGAAACUGAUGAUUGUAGAAAAGCACUACAGAUAAAAGAUGAUUUAUCAGGUUUUAUUGGCUAUUUGAUCAAGUGCAACAGAAAAGAUUUGAUUCAAUCUGGCAUGAGACAUAAAAUUGAUGAAACUAGAUUAAUGUUAGGGGAAGAUGUUUAUGCUUAUCUUCACAAAAGCGAUUGCAAUCAGUAUGGAGACAUUUCAGGUAAUGUAUGUUUAAAUUUGCUUGAUGUUGACCAGUCUUGCUCCAACAAUUAUAAAAAUAAAGAGAUGGUUCUUUACCCUGGCACUUUUGAUGUCGUUUUAAUUGUAGAUAAUUGUGAAGUUUGUGUUGGUUCAUCUAACGAUCACAGAAUUGCAGUUCUUAAAGAACUAGCCAAAAUGGGAGUAAUGCAUGAAGUGCGUAAAUUAUAUGUGGGAGAUUUCUUAUGGAUUGCCAGGAAACGUAAUUUGGUAAAGGAGAAUUAUGAAGAAGAAUUAGUUUUGGAUUAUUUAGUAGAAAGGAAAAGAAUGGAUGAUCUGGCAAGAAGUAUAAAGGAUGGACGAUUUCGCGAGCAAAAAUUUCGCAUAAAAGAGACUGGCAUUAAACAUCCUAUAUAUCUCGUGGAAGAGUACGGAACCAAUCAGUACUUUGGUCUGCCUGAUGCCUCUUUAAAACAAGCGAUUGUUAAUUGUCAGGUGGUGGAUGGAUUCUUAAUAACAAAGACUAAAAAUGCCAAAUCUACAGUCGACUACCUGACGACCAUGACGCGAUAUUUGCAAUGUUUCUACAAUGAGAAAGAAUUGACGUGCUGUGAUAGAGAAGAGUACAUUAAUUCAGCAAAAGAUUCCAACCGUUUCUUGACUUUCAAAGAAUUUAACUCGUCUGCUGUCAAAAAAAAGCAAUUGGUACUGAAAGAGAUGUUCGCCAAACACCUCAUACAGAUAGGUGGCAUCUCACCCGACAAAGCCUAUGCCCUGGUCCAGAUGUAUCCCACGCCAAACCGAUUGAUAGAAGCAUACCAAAAGACGUCUGAAGGAGAGAGACUUCUGUCGGAAAUCAUCUACGGCCGCAGUCGUAGAAAAAUCGGACCCAAGAUCAGCCAAAUCGUCUUCCAGCUCUACGGUGAUCUCUGUCCCCGUUUCUCUUGGUUGGCUCCUCAAAUAGAAGAAAACAAGAAAGAUAAUCCUUCUUCGUCUCAGGAGCAAUAGUUAUCAGAUGAGAAAGAAAAAUGGACAUUGGAAAACAAAGAUUUGCUGAAGUAUCAACAAGUCUUUAUUGUAAGUCUCCUUGGCUAAUUCUUAAACUGACCUCGAAAAGAAAAUAAUGUAUGUUACAGCAGAAAUGCCAUCUUUCUUCAUUGUAACCAUUCUCAUUAUAGAGGUCUGAUUCUACUUGGGUUUUGGUGGUGGUGAAAAUGUAGAACUGUUCUAUGGAAAACAGUGGCAUUUGCAGCCAGUUAGAGAUGCUAAUUUAGAACUGUUACAGUCCACUCAAUUGAUUAAAUGCAAGAUACACAUCCAA